UUUUAAUUUUUUAAAUAAUAAAAUGACUUCACUUUCAACUCAACUCAAAAAACUUAAAAAAGCCCCAACACGUGCUUUAGCUGUAGAACGUGAUUAUUCUUCACUUUUAUUUAAUAAAAAAGAAGCUGGAAGUUAUGACAAGGAUGAUUUUUAUAAAAUUGGCCUCGCUGGCUUGGCUGGAAUGAAAAAAUUGGAUGACAAUUUCGAUACUUAUUUACCUGAAUUAUUUGAAAAGAAAUUAAUCAAGUUUAACAGAGCAAUAAUUAGUAAAGAAGAGAAUACCGAAUUGGAUCAAAAAAUUGAGAAAAUGUUGCUGCUAUUAUCUCCUUAUUUCCAUCACCAAUGUUCUAGGGAAGUGCUUGAAUGGUUUAUACAUAAAUUUCAGAUUCAUUCCUACAAUGCAGAAGCUCUAUUUUUAACUUUUUUGCCUUUCCAUUCAAUUAAUUCUUUUGGUCGACUUUUACAUAUUUUGAAAUUCAAUUCUCCAGAUAUGAAUUGGUUGGAAGAAUAUCAAAAGGACGCGGCACCUAUUCCACUAAAUAUUCUAUGUCGUUUCUGUCAAAGUGGACGUGAUUAUUGGUUAAUAACUUGUCUAAACAAAUUUGUGGUUAAUUUUGUCGAAAUUUUGGAAGAAAAACACACAAAUAGUAUGCAACAUUAUUUUACUUUUUUGGCUUCACUUUACGGGAAUUUAAUUGAAAAUAGAGGUUCAGCAAUUGAUGAUCAAUUAAUUUCUCGUUUAAUGCCUUUUAUUGGGAUUUCUUUAAAAUCAAAAGUAGAAGCAUUCAAAUAUUUUGGAAUUAUAAUUUCCUGUACUUUAGCUGUAAAUGUUUCCAUCAACGAUGAAAUUGCAAAAAAUAUUUUAAAAUUGCUUUUUUAUAAUUUUGAAAUUUUUUUUGCUGAAAUUACUUUUCAAACGGCUAAUGUUAUUUGUGAGAGAUUGGAAUUGAGUAAAUUACCUAAAAAAUCAAUUUUGCAUUUAAUCAACGAUUUUGAUCUUUUCCAAUUAUCCGAUUUGCUUCUAAAAUUAAUGUCAAAAUAUGAAAUGGUUGCUUUUCUUUCACUUUUUUGGGGAAUUUUAAUUGAAAAAAUUAUUUCUGAAAAAACUUCUGUCGACUCCAAAAAUUUUUUUACAGAAUUUUUAAUUACUUUGCUUGAUUUGCACCGUUUAAGUGAUAAACAGGCAGAGGCUGCUUUUGAUUUAUUUUUGGAUUUUAUUGAAGGAAAUAAAAUGGAAAUGGAAGAAGAAGAAAAUCAAAAAUCGAAAAAAAUAUUUCCAAAAAUUUUAAGAAAACAAAUAAAGUCGAUGAUUGUGAAGUUCCCAAAUUCUUUUGAUUUAAUUAGAAAAAGAAGGAAUAAAUUAAUUAUUCAAAAAUUGAUGGAAGAAUGUAAAGUAUCUAAUUUAAUUGUUGGAAAUUGA